AUGAUCUAUGUCUUGAUCGAGGAGGCGACAUCCGAGUCCAUCCCCAAUGGGGAAGUGGACAUUGCAGCUGCGUUAGAAGUCACAGAUAUCAUUAGAAGGAAGGAGAUCCCUCCAACCGAUUGUAUGAGACAAUUGAAGAAGAGAUUGAUGGAAGUUCACCAGAACCCUAACUUGACUCGUUCCACGCUCAAAUUGAUUGAUCUUUGUGUGAAGAAUGGCGGAGAACACUUUCUUGAAGCCAUAGCUGCUAGAGAGUUUAUGGACUAUUUGGUUGAUUACAUCUUAUUGGUCAGAUAUAAUCCUAAAGACCCUCAGAUCGUAAGAAAUGAAGCAAGAUAUAGUGUUGGCCAAUUGGUAUUGUUAUUACUUAAACAAUGGUCUUUAUAUUUUGAUGGUAGACCUCUGUUGUCAUAUGUUAGUCAAUGUGUUCGUAAGUUAGAGACUAAAAACUUCCAAUUCCCUUAUAUUGACACUGAGGCCAUAACUUCUCAGUUUAUUGAUUCAGAAGUCCCCCCUGAUUGGCUUGAAUCCGAUCAAUGCAUGAUCUGCUCCAAUAAGUUCUCCCUUACUAAUAGAAAACAUCAUUGUCGUUCAUGUGGCGGAGUUUAUUGUGGCACGCACUCUUCAAAAUUCACACCCUUGCCUUCUCUUGGUAUCAUGGAACUGGUAAGAGUGUGUGACGUCUGUUAUGAAAAGGUUCAAGCCAAAAAUACUUCAAGACUGAUGCCUCAACAAGAUUAUGGUGAUUACAGACCUUCAAAUGCUGCUGUUGAUGAUGAUGAAGAUGAAAUGAUUAAAAAGGCUCUUGAAUUGAGUUUGCAGGAUACUGGUGUUCGUGCUAAUAAUAAUGAUAAUAAUAAUAAUAACAAUAAUAAUAUCUCUACUUCAUAUGAUACUCCUAGAGAAGAAGUUUAUGAUGAAGAAGAUCCGGAAAUCAAGGCUGCAAUAGAAGCAAGUCUUCGUGAAUUUGAACUUGAAAAGAAAGCAAGAGAUCCUUAUGGUUGGUAUGAAAAGCAAAACCAGCACCAAGGAGGCCAAACUCAAAGUCUGCAACAGUCGUCAAAUCCACAAGCUCCGUUGUCAGGAUAUGCUCCUCCCAAUCAAUAUUCAGACGAACCUUCUGACCCUUACCAAAAUUUGCUUCCCACAAGACAACAACAUACACCAUCCAAUCCCUUUUAUUCCGGAGAACAGCAAAGCCUGAAUAUGCAAUAUUCUUCAAAAGAUGAAGUCCCUCCCAAUUAUUCUUCAGGUAUGCCUCAACAACAACAACAACAACCAAGUGAACCUCAAUAUUCAUUGGGGUCCCAACAUGAUCACAACUCACAGUCUUUUUAUAGACAACAUGUUUACCCACAACAGACUUCAAAUGAUCAAACCCAACCUUCAUACCCUCAACAAGCAUCUCAUGAGCCAACCUAUCCACAGAUUCCGGCAUGUCCUACAGGAUCAAGUUAUCUGCAACCACCAUCUCAACAACUGAAUUACCAAUCAAGUCAACAAUUACCACAGAAAUCUGCUCAACCACAGAGCACUGUUCAAUCACAAGUUACUGCACUGAAGUUGGAAGAUAUAACACCUAAAGAAGAAGAUCUUAUUAAUUUGUUUGUUACUAUGGUAUCCCAGAUUCAAAAUGAUGCUAGAAAGAAACAAAAUGUUGCAUUUGAUCGGCAGUUGCUUGCACUUCACACCGAAGUAAAUAUCUUAAGACCCAAAUUGAAAAAGUCAUUGAUAGAUGCUAAAGAAAAGUAUGAUUUAUUUUUACAAUUGCAUAACAAGAUUUCCACUAUCACCAAGCUUUACGAUCAAUUCUUUGACCGUCAAUUGAAUUCUGCCUGGGGAAAUAAUAAUAUGAAUAUUGUUGGCAUGUCACCACAAGUCAACGACAAUAUUGAACCCCAACACACACCCUAUCCUCGGAAUGACCCAUUAACAGCAAACUCAACGGGACAACGACCAAGACAGAGUAGCAAUGGAAGUAGAAUUCAAAGUGCUGAUGUUGUUCGAAAGCAUCGGAUGAGCAGUUCUGGUACUGUUUACCCUGUUGAAGGGUUCCCUUCCAAAGUAAUGAAUUACAAAAAUCAAACUGUAUUGCCUCCAAUGCCAGCUUAUCCUGCAAAUAGCCCCAUACCUAGUAACUUUACUGGACAAUCGCAAGGGGGGCAGAAUAUCAACUCAUAUCCAGAAGAAUAUUCACAAGCUCAUAACAAUACAGAUUAUGGACAACACAAUGUUUAUGCAGGUGAAAAUCCUAUUUCCUUGCCUCCGCUUUCAACGGGUUAUGCAGAUGACUCAAUUGCAUUUAAUUCUAGUCCUAGUCCAAAGACUCCAGUAGUUACUAGAAACGAUACGGGAUAUCCUGUUGCAAAUGAAUCCGAUCAACAGAAUUACGAUGAAUACCAGGAGAUACCACCACUUCCUUCUGGAUUACCACCUAACCUUCCAUAUGAUAAUGGGUCAGAAUCUCCGGAAGCUCGCCAACAACCACCACCACAACAACAAUCUGCACCAUACCCUACUCUGUUCCCUACAUCGCAAUCCAAUCUGUUUUCAGUUGACAACCCAGUUGAAUCUCAACAAUCUGGCGGAACAUACAACGAGAGUUUGGAGAAAGCCUCAUCUCGAUUCCCUGCACUUGAAACAGUAGAACGUGAAUACGAAGAGAACGCCAACCAAGCUCCAGGCAAAGUUGAUGGAUGUGAGGGUGAACGAUUGAGUCGUACCAGUUCUCAUAGAUCAAGGUAUGAGCCUGAGCCAUUAAUUGAUCUUUGA